UUGACUUGCUCUAUAUUCUUUGCAGGCUGAAAUCACCUCUACACACUCACACCCAGACUUGAGUCCCCAGCUCUGUCUCUGGCUUCCUGACACACACAUAUUAACCUAAGCUAUUCUGCUACCACAGCUAGGUACUGCUCUCCAUCAUGUCAGACAAAAAGACAGCCAGCAAGGUAAGCAUGGGAAAAAGGAAAGAGAAGAGUGUGGAGAGCAAGAAUGAAAAAGAGAUGGAAAAAAAAUUGCAGAACAAUGUGGAGAGCGACAAACAGAAGGAAAAAGAAAAGCAGAAAAACAAGCCAGAGGACGAGAAGCCACAGGGAAAUGGGGAGGCAGUCCAGGGAGCUCAAGGAGGUGGUGAGGAUGGUGAAUUUGAACUGGAACCUAUAGAGCUACCACCAUUUGAGAUCAUUGUAGGAGAUCGUCUCAACCCAUCCUUUUUCAAGUUCCAGUUUAAAAAUGUUGAGUACUCUUCAGGGCGAAACAAGACCUUUCUAUGCUAUCAAGUUGACAUAAAGGGUGGUGCAGCAGAACCUGAUGGUCUUCGAGGGUAUUUGGAAGAUGAGCAUGCAGGUGCUCAUGCUGAGGAGGCCUUCUUCCAGCAAGUGUUACCUCAAUAUAAUAAAUCGCUGCAAUACACAGUCACCUGGUAUAUAUCAUCCAGUCCCUGUGCAGCAUGUGCCACUAAAUUGGGAGAGAUCCUGCGGGCCCGAAAAACACUGCGGCUUAACAUACACUGCUCCCGUCUGUUCUGCUGGGAGGAGCCAGAAAUACAGGCAGGGCUAAAAGCUUUGGCGAAAGCAGGGUGCAAACUAAGGAUGAUGAGGCCAGUGGACUUCAAUUACGUAUGGUCCACUUUUGUUGAAAAUGAGGAAGACAGUUUUACGCUAUGGGAGGACUGUCAAGAUAACUUUGAGUACUAUAAUGAGAAGCUGACUAACAUUCUGCAGUAGGGAUUUACAUCUUAAAGGACACAGUUAUGAGUUGUUCUCACAGCACGUGCAUCUUUUAUCUGCUGGAAUGUUGUGUUAUUCUGUCCACUUUCUGUUAAACACAGAACCACAAUUAUGUACCUUAAUUGUCCUUAAAACUUGAUGGAAAGUAAUGGAAUACAAAAUAUUGUACAGAUAUAAUUAACUGCCACCUUCUGUUGUUUGUAUAUUACUCUAUUAUUUACAUCCAUUUUCUGAAUCUCAUUUACCAGUCUAGUACACUGUUAAAUUAAUGCAGUAUUACAUACAGUAUUUGCAUUUCAUUUUGAUACUAAAUAGAUACUGUAUAAUCACACAAAUGUUUAAUAAAGAUGCAUAUU